AAUACGGCCAUGCUGACAACCUAUGCUGUAUGAACACUACCCAGCGGCAGGCAUCUUUGUUCUGGCGUUCAGAAAAUUUGCAAAAACAAAGAUGGCGCCCGCAUGGAGCGCCGCGCGCGCAAAAGUGCAGCUAAAGCUGGCCAUCCAGCGGACCAAGAUGCUCCAAGAGAAGAUGGAAGCGAUGCAAAAGACGGCUCGCAAGGAGAUCUCUGCUCUGAUCGAGCGUGGGAAGACCGAGACUGCUCGAGUCAAGACAGAAGGUCUCAUCAAUACAGAUAUCCACAUCGAGCUCAUCGAAUUGAUGGAAUUAUACUCUGAAACUCUGCUCGCACGAUUCGCACUACUUGAUAUUGGUGGGACAUCACCUGACCCCAGCCUUGUUGAACCAAUAUCUGCAAUUAUCCACGCCGCGCCACGGACCGAGCUAAGGGAACUGCAUGUUCUGCGCGAACUUUUGAUGACGCGGUACGGGAGAGAUUUAUCCAUCGACGCCAUGGAUAACAACGGUAACGUGGUGAGCAGUCGGGUCAUGUCGAAACUCAAGGUCGAAACACCGUCCAAAGAGCUGGUCGAUGCAUACAUUUCAGAGAUCUGCAAGACUUACAACGUCCACUUCACCUCACCCUAUCUAUCAGACUCCGAGCCACUUGUAUCGCCGGCAGAGGCGGAACCCCCAGCAUUGGAUGACGGUGAAAAGGCAGCGGACAAAGGUGCAGCGGGUACCGCGAAAAUGCCAGCUGCAAUUACCGUUGCUCCAGAAAGAGAAAAGCCUCCAACAGAGCAGUCGGCUCUCAACAGCCUCGAGGCGAGGUUCGCCGCGCUAAAACGGUGAUGAAGACACAGGUUAACCGAGUCGAGCUCAAGGAAGCAUUCGGUGUAUUCUAAGGAAACAUGCGAGGGGUAGAACGCUUGUAACAUACAGGGAAAACAGAUUGCGGUGGUG